GAAGAUUAGAUUGGUCAGAUGUAUUUCUGAGUGCUGGCCAUGAAUGAUUAGUUUCUCCUGUGCAACUCAUUUGUCACUAAUCAUUGACAACUCUCUUCUGUCAGCUGCCAUAUAUAUGCAUCCAGGGGGGGUCCAGCACCAUGUCAUCAAUUCCUUUCCUCGUAUAUAUUUACCUUGGGAUAGCGUUUCGGUGAUAGCACAUGACUGGUAAGCUCUCGAACGUUCAGGAAUCAGGACUUGUCAGAGAUGAUGGCACGGUCUUCUUCCGGUGAGAGUUGUGCUGAGUCUGAUAAGUGGACCGGGGGACUCCAUCGAUUCCUCUGUAUGCAAGGGGGGAACCACGAUGGGAGCUAUGCGAAGAACUCGGAGGCUCCCGCCUCUGCCAUCACCCUUUGCAAGCCCAUUCUCCUAGCAGCCAUUCGAUCCAUGAGGCUUUUUGCAAGAGAAGAUGAAGGUAGUCAUUCAUGUUCAAUAAGAGUGGUGGACUUGGGCUGUGCGACCGGGUAUAACACCUUGGCCACUGUUGGAAUGGUGGUGGAGAGCCUGAGGGAGAGGUACAUCGGGGAGCUAGGGUUCGAGCCCGAAUUUGAGGCAUUCUUCUCUGAUCUCCCAUCGAACGAUUUCAACUCCCUGUUCAGGUCCUUGUCCGGCAUGGAUUCCAAUGAGAAAAAGCCGAGAAGGUACUUCGUUGCAGGUGUUCCGGGGACAUUCUAUCGGCGGCUCUUUCCCGGAGGGAAGCUCCAUGUGGCUGUUAGCUUGAGUGCCUUGCACUGGCUCUCUCAGAUACCGGGAGAGGUGCUAGACAAGGGCUCACGGACUUGGAACAAAGGGAGGGCGUGGAUCGAUGGGGCGAAAGAGGAGGUCGUGGAGGCCUAUUCGAGGCAGUCUGAGGAGGACCUGGACAACUUCUUGAAGUGCAGGAAGGAGGAGAUUGCGGAGGGAGGGAUACUGUUCAUGCUGAUGGGAGGGAGGCCCAACUCACAGGAGCCAGGGAACCAGCUCGGGGAUGCCGAAUCUCGGGCAAAGCACCCUUUCGCCACCUCCAUGGACCAAGCUUGGCAAGAUCUAUUGAAUGAGGGUCUGAUAGAUGAAGAGACAAGAGACGGGUUUAACAUCCCGGCAUACAUGAGGAGCAUGGAGGAAGUUGAAAGGGCAAUGCUGAAGUGUGGUGGGUUUGAGAUUCAGAAGAUGGAGUACAAGAGGAUCAGGGAGCAUUCAGAUCAGAAGAAACGGGAGGAGUUGAUCACAGAUCCGGUUUCCCAUGGUAGGGCGAAGGCCAACCUGGUCCGGGCCACCCUCGGCCCCAUCGUCGAGGCCCACAUCGGCCCACACCUCUCCGAAGAGCUCUUCCAGCGGUUCGAGAGAAGGGUGUCCUCUGAUGUUUCCCUCCUCCGGAAAACCUGUUUCUAUGGUGUCAUCAUCGUCUGUGCCAUCAGAAAGUGAUACCGUCCGAUCCAAAUGAAGUAACAGAAAAAGAAAAUAUCAUAGAGAUGAAUUGUUGAAUGUACUUUUUUUCGUGGAAAGUGGGAAACAAAUUAAAGGUAGACAUAAUCGAUUUUUCACAUUCUAAAUGUACUGUGGCCUUAAUGACUAUAUUGAAUUUUCACAUUCUAAAUUUA